AUGUUUGUGCUCAUUGCCCUGGUAACGCCGAUUCUGUAUGGGAAACCUCUGACCGUGUCAGAGCUGUGCUGUGCGCGCUGGGGAACCUGUUUCUUGCACGACAUGAAACGCGUCUUUCAGCAAAGGGGCAUGUGUGUGCGCACGAUGUUUGUGCUCAUUGCCCUGACGUUUCCUCUACCUCUUCUGUACUUUGGGAACCAGAUCACAGGACUGUUCAGCACAAAGAAACUGAACCUGCCAAUGUUUACAGUCCUGCGAAGGUUCUCCAUCCUGUUUACAAUGUUUGCUGAAGGAUUUUUACUCAAGAAGAAAUUUUCUUGGAGUAUUCAGAUGACAGUAUUUGCAAUGAUAAUUGGUGCGUUUGUAGCUGCUAGUGCUGACUUGGCAUUUGAUUUGGAAGGAUAUAUUUUUAUCCUUAUUAACGAUGCCUUAACAGCUGCAAAUGGUGCCUAUGUAAAACAGAAGCUGGAUUCAAAGGAGCUGGGGAAAUAUGGUCUGCUAUAUUACAAUGCACUGUUUAUGAUACUUCCCACCUUGAUCAUUGCCUAUUUCACCGGAGAUGCGCAAAAGGCAAUGGAGUACAAAGGCUGGGCGGACACACUCUUCGUCGUACAGUUUACGCUGUCGUGUAUAAUGGGGUUUAUUUUGAUGUACUCCACGGUUCUUUGCACUCAGUAUAAUUCUGCUCUUACAACUACAAUAGUUGGCUGCAUUAAGAAUAUUUUAAUAACCUAUAUUGGGAUGGUUUUUGGAGGAGACUAUAUUUUUACAUGGACAAACUUCAUUGGUCUAAAUAUCAGUAUUGCUGGAAGCCUGGUGUAUUCCUAUAUCACUUUUACAGAAGAGCAAAUGAACAAGCCACCUGAAGCUGGCAUCAAGAUGGACAUUAAAGGAAAAAGCUCUGUGUGACCAGGGGAAAUGCUUUUUUGGAAAGCAAACUCUUUUUGUUCAACUGAUCACUGGCAGAAUACAGUAAGAAAUUUGGGGUGUCUGCUAUGGAGUAAUGUUGGUACUCGUAAUUUGCACAAUCUAGAUUGCUGCCUUUAAAAAUUACUGGAAAGAUGCAUUUAAGGAUACAUCUAAUUGAGUGUGAUUAUGAGGAAUUCUUGGGUUUUUAAUUAUGCUGAAAUUGGGCUGUAGAGACAUGCACAGGUGGGGUAAACGUUUGAAUUUCAGAGGAUUGGAUGAAUUUUGGGAGGACUGUACCGUGAACAUCGUUGGCUGUGUUUUUGCUCUGUACGAGAAUCCGUGAUACAUCGUCAGUUACAGCUUAGCCUGCGUCCGAGUUGCGGUUGCGGUGCAGCGAAGAGGUCCUGGGCAGCUAAUUCUGGCAUUAGCUGCGUUCAGCGAUUUGUCCCAGCUCUUCCCCUUGUGCUCAGCGAAAGGCAGGCGCGCGGGGAGGGCCCCGAGCCCUGUCGGAGGAGGGCAGGGAGGGCUCCCGCCCCAUGUAGGAGCAGACCUAGGUCCCGAAACCAGAGAGAUGGUGCCAAGGUGUCGCGGCGCUGC